CCUCACUGCUCGUGUCCCGGCCGUCUCUGACCACAGGCUCUUCGGGGAUCGCUGUCCGCCAGCAUCGCUCUCCUGCUUCCAGACCCCAGGGCGCAUCCCGUACGACGAGGCUGUCGGGCAGGAAUUCAGACCAGCUAAAGUGGGAGACUCCUUUGGGCCCACGUGGGAGACGUGCUGGUUUAAGGUGGAGCUGACCAUCCCCCCGGCAUGGGCAGAGCGGGAAGUGCACUUCGUCUGGGAGAGCGAUGGGGAGGGCAUGCUGUGGCGAGACGGCCAGCCUGUCCAGGGUUUGACGAAGGAAGGCGAGAAGACCAGCUACAUCCUGACCAGCAGCCUGAAAGAGACAGAGCCGCAUAGCUUGACGCUGUAUGUGGAGCUGGCCUGCAACGGUCUCUUCGGGGCCGGCAAGGGCAGUAUGAUUGCCCCUCCAGACCCUGACAGGAGGUUUAACCUGAGCAAGGCUGAGCUGGUAGUCUUCAACAGGGAUGUCUAUGAACUGCUGGUGGAUCUGGAAAUACUGCUGGACAUGGCCCAGCUCCUCGGGGAGGAAAACCAGAGGAGUUUCCAGGCACUGUACACUGCCAACCAGAUGGUCAAUGUGUGUGAUGUUAUGGACCCAUCCACCUUCCCUGCUGCCCGUGACCUGGCUGCGGCAAUCUUCAGCCAGAGGAAUGGCGAGAGCCAGCACACCAUCCAUGCCAUCGGUCAUUGCCACAUCGACUCUGCCUGGCUGUGGCCAUACGAGGAGACCAUCCGUAAGUGUGCUCGGAGCUGGGUCACCGUGGUCCGUCUGAUGGAGCGCAAUCCGCAGCUCACCUUCGCCUGCUCCCAGGCGCAGCAGUACGAGUGGGUGCGGAGCUGGUACCCCGGGCUCUACGCGCAGAUUCGGGACUUCGUGGCAAAGGGACAGUUCAUUCCUGUCGGAGGCACCUGGGUGGAAAUGGACGGGAACCUGCCCAGCGGGGAGUCCAUGGUGCGGCAGUUCCUCCAGGGACAGCGGUUCUUCCAGCAGCAGUUUGGCCGGAUCUGCUCAGAGUUCUGGCUGCCGGACACGUUUGGAUACUCGGCCCAGCUGCCCCAGCUGAUGCUCGGCUGCGGGAUCAGGCGGUUCCUCACGCAGAAACUCAGCUGGAACUUGGUGAACGCCUUCCCGCAUCACACCUUUUUCUGGGAAGGCAUUGAUGGUUCCCGAGUCCUGACCCAUUUUCCCCCCGGUGACUCCUAUGGGAUGCACGGGCGAGUGGAGGAGGUGUUGAAAACAGUGAAGAACAACAAGGACAAAGGGCGGGUGAACCACAGCGCCCUCCUCUUCGGCUUUGGAGAUGGAGGAGGGGGUCCCACGCAGAAGAUGCUGGACAGGAUGAAGAGAAUGAGUGACACGGACGGGCUGCCAAGGGUUCAGCUCUCCACUCCCGACCAACUCUUUUCUGUCCUGGAGAAGGAGUCAUCGCAGCUGUGCACCUGGGUGGGAGAGCUCUUCCUGGAGCUGCACAACGGCACCUACACCACCCAGGCCCAGAUAAAGAAGGGGAAUCGGGAGUGCGAGCGAAUACUCCACGAUGUCGAAGUACUCAGCACCUUGGCUCUGGCGCGGGGUGGCACGUUCCAGUAUCCUGCCAGCCAGCUGCAGCGGCUCUGGAG